AAAGGUCGGAAGGAAAGAUCUGCCUCACCGGCUCAAGUGCACGUGCAGGAAGUGGUGUGUCGAGCGAACGGUGCUCCAGCCGAGUUUCCUGUGCUCUGUUUACAGCUCAUACUUGGCAAUUAUUUCACCUAUGAAGAGUUAGGACGACUGAGGGGAGUUCAUCCGCAUUGGGAUGAGAUUUGUGGACAAUUGCUGAAUGCCGGUUACUACAGACUUCUCGAAAGGUCGGAUAAAAUGCUUAUGAAGUUGCAACGACAAUUGCCAGCUGAUCCAAGCUUGCACUUCCCAACCAGCAUUCUCACCAGCGUUCAAGUGCACAUUCUGAACCCCGUCGAUAUUAUGAGAGCGGUUCUAGACGAAGGUGUAUGCUGUUUCCCUUAUGGAGCGAUUCUCGACAAAACAAAUGCCAUUCUUGAUCAGAUCGAGCUUAUGCUAUACGGUGGAGAGCACAUAAAAAUCAAAUGGGAACCUGUCGCUUUGUUGGCAAAGAGAGCAUCAUUGCAUUAUCGAACCCAUUUGGAGAGGACAAUGGAAGACAGACUUGGCGAGGGAUUGCGAUUGAAGGCUGCACAACGAAUUUUGCGACUUGACUCGUUUCUUGUUGAGAGUACAGUGACAAAACUUGAGAAGGACACCACGAAGGCUAGAGACGAGCUGAAGUGGGAACUGGAGCAGUUGCAGCAACAGAAUGCUCAGCUACGGAAGGACAAUCGUCAGUUGAAGAUUGAACACAUGCGUCUGGAAACCCGUGUCGAGGUGCUUGAGCAGAAAUUCAAGACUCUGGCUCGACUACUCAGC